AUGGCUCCUGCUCCUCUGAGCUCGAAUCCAGCCUCCCCAGUCCCAUCAGUCGCUUCAAUCGCUCCUGCGCAUACUGUUGUCUAUACUUCGAGGCAUUCGACACGAGACAAUGGCGGUCAAAGCUUCGGAGAGCUCUACCACAACUACUUUGUCUUCGUCGCCAUUGCUAUCGCCAUUGCCCUUCUCGUAGCCUGUGCCUUCUACCGCCGGAAAAAGCGCAUCAUCCACCAAGCCAAUCUCUCACGUCAGAUUGCUUUGACCCGCGACAUUCAAGAUCAAGGCAUACGCGCCAAUAGAGGCUGGGGCUGGGGUGCUUUGUCACGCGACUAUGCAAGUGGUCCUACUCCUCAUGGUCAGCCGCUUGCCGUACGAGGUGCAACCGCCCGCAGGAGAGAAGAGGAGGGUUUGAAUGAUGCAGGCGAGGCUCCUCCUGCCUACAAGGCUGCUCCAGGUUACAACGACACUGUACUAGAGACUGCUCGCCCAGCUUCUACCACCAACCUCGCCACUCCAACCUUCCCUCGUCCAGCCUUGGCCAGAGAAAAUACCGGUCUCAAGCCUCCCGACUAUACUGAGACUGCUUUUUCUCCUAUCAGUCCUGGAAGGGGUUCCUCCAAUACUACUGUUCCGACUUUUACUGCCACGAAUACACAUACCAAUGCAGGAUCUGAGCAUCUUCCAACAUACAACGACACGCAUGACCGCAGAUAG